CGUGCAUUCUGCGUACACAUACGCUUAAAUUAAAUACUUUGGCUUAAUUAAAUACUUCCGCGGCGUCGUUGUCGUUGUUGUUAUUUUGCCUCUUCUUCACGCGCUUGUCUACGGUUAUCGAUUCUCGUCGUCUCGCUCCCCCGCACGCAGCGAGUUGUUGUUUGUUUGUUGUUUGUGUCUGUCGCUCACUCUCUCUCCCUGUCUCGCUCUCGCCGCCGUCGCGUUUGCGUUUUGUUUGUGUACUGAAAAGAGGCAGCAACAAAAAUAAAGCGAAAAGACUGCGAAAAAGCAUAAAUAAUAAACAACGAGACAAGUGCAAAAAGCGCAGCGAAAAGGCCAGCUGGUAAAUCCAACUCAAAAGAACAGCCAGAGGAAACCGGAAAAUUUAUCACGCAAAUCAAAAGUGCAAUAAAAAGUUGAAAGUGUUUUACACAGCGCCAAGAAGGAAGUUGAAGCGAGGCAAAUAGUAAAUAAAUAAGAGGAGCCCACAGCUACACCAUCAUAACCCAAACAUCCCACAUAAACACCAAUUACAAAGUAAACAUUUACAACUCAUUUCUCGCUGAAGAGAUCCGAGUGUAAGCCAACAAAAAAGAAUCGCGCGCGCGUUUUUAAAGCGUUUUUCCCCCAAGAUCUCUAACUUCGCGCGGCUUCGUCGCACGUUACUUGAAUACAUUCAUUUCGCGCAACCACUAGGCUCAGGCCUCAAAAAUCCGCCAAAAUUCUACACCAACAAACUUUAAUCAGCCCCGAGAUUUCGCUCCAGUUCGCAACGGCGACCACAAUGCCCUACAACGGCGCUAGCAAUGGCAGUGGCGCCAGUGGCGCCGGUGGAGGAGGGGCCACCAUAGUCGUCACCGAGGGGCCGCAGAAUAAAAAGAUCCGCACCGGAGUCCAGCAGCCCGGCGAAAACGAUGUGCACAUGCAUGCUAGGUCCACACAACAACAGAACCAGCAGCAAGCACUUAUGAACAAGUCAAAUGACGACCUACGGAGAAAGCGUCCCGAGACUACACGGCCAAAUCACAUUCUACUCUUCACCAUCAUAAAUCCCUUCUAUCCCAUCACAGUUGAUGUCUUGCACAAAAUCUGUCAUCCACAUGGACAAGUGCUGCGCAUUGUCAUAUUUAAAAAGAAUGGAGUCCAGGCAAUGGUGGAGUUCGAUAAUCUGGAUGCGGCCACAAGGGCGCGCGAGAAUCUAAAUGGAGCCGACAUCUACGCCGGUUGCUGCACCCUGAAAAUUGAUUAUGCCAAGCCAGAGAAAUUGAACGUGUACAAGAAUGAACCCGAUACCAGCUGGGACUAUACGCUGAGCACAGUACCGACUCUGCCGACACCACAACAACAACAUGUACCGACACAUCAACACCACCACCACCACCAACAACAACAACAACAACAACAUCAAGCACCACCACAACAACAACAACACCACCAUCACCACCAACAUCAACUAGUUGCCCCAGCUCAAUCGCACAAUCUUUGUCAAUUUAAAGAGCCACCGCUAUUGGGACCCGGCGCCGCCUUCCCGCCAUUCGGAGCCCCAGAAUAUCAUCCCACCACGCCCGAGAAUUGGAAGGGCGCCGCCAUCCAUCCCACUGGCCUCAUGAAGGAGCCCGCCGGUGUUGUGCCCGGACGCAAUGCUCCGGUGGCCUUCACACCGCAAGGACAGGCUCAGGGCGCCGUCAUGAUGGUCUACGGCCUGGACCACGACACUUCCAACACGGAUAAGCUCUUCAAUUUGGUUUGCCUGUAUGGCAAUGUGGCACGGAUCAAGUUCUUGAAGACCAAAGAGGGCACCGCCAUGGUGCAAAUGGGCGACUCGGUGGCCGUUGAGCGUUGCGUACAGCACUUGAACAACAUUCCCGUGGGCACUGGCGGCAAAAUACAGAUCGCAUUCUCCAAACAGAAUUUCCUAUCCGAGGUGAUCAACCCGUUCUUGCUGCCCGAUCAUACACCCAGCUUCAAGGAGUACACUGGCUCCAAGAACAAUCGUUUCCUAUCGCCGGCCCAGGCCAGCAAGAAUCGCAUUCAACCACCGAGCAAGAUUUUGCACUUUUUCAACACACCGCCCGGUCUGACCGAGGACCAGCUGAUUGGAAUCUUCAACAUCAAGGAUGUGCCAGCCACAUCGGUGCGCCUGUUCCCCUUGAAGACCGAGCGCUCGUCAUCGGGACUGAUCGAGUUCCCCAACAUCUCGCAGGCUGUGCUGGCCAUCAUGAAGUGCAACCAUCUGCCUAUUGAGGGUAAAGGCACCAAGUUCCCAUUCAUCAUGAAGCUGUGCUUUUCCUCGUCCAAGAGCAUGAAUGGCGCCUGGAACAAUGCGACCAGCGAGGGCAUGAUCGAGAAGGAGAACGAGGUCGAUACCAAGGUGGACAUCUACAAUUGAGAUUUGAUUACGAUUGUGUAAGCAAGCAAACAACAACCGGCUUAACUAGAACACAAUACAAAACUAUACUGAAGGAGGAGGGGAAUUGGUCGUAGACAACAGGCAAAAGACAACAACAACAACUACAGCAGCAGUAGCAGGCAGCAGCAGCAGGCAGCAGCAACUGCAACAGCUACAGCUUCAACUUCAACUUCAAUUUCAACUUCAACAACAGAUCGACAAACUUGAUGAUGGCUUACACAUUCGAUAUGACAUGCUGACGGAGAAUGCUGCGGCAACAACUGAAGAAUUUCAAACAAAUUGAUUGCUAAAUCAACUUAUAAAAAAAACCAACUACAAUUAAUUCAAUUAAGCGCAAACGCAUGUAACUUUUCUACGAGCCAUUUGCAUAGAUUUACUGAAUUCACCAUAUAUCAAUUCAGCUAAUUAAUAUGACAGCCUAUGUACGAUAUGGCCUCGUUUAAAAGCCACACCGAAUGAACACUUGAUGCACAUUACAUUACAUUACAUUACAUGCGUUUGCGUGGCAACAACAAAAACAUGCAAAAUAAUAUAAAAAAUUUUGAAUUGUUAUUAUUGUUACAAUGAAGCAUUAGGACUUUCUCACACAACUGCAAGAAAACGGAAAAAACUUCAACCAAUUGUAAACUAUGUAAUGUUUAAUUGAUAAAAAAAAACGACAAACUAAACCAAAAAUAAAUAAUUGUAACUCAAAAA